AUGAAUUUCGUGCCCGGAACUAUGGAAGAAGAAAUUAAAAGAAAAAAAUAUCAGAAGUGUGCAGGAUGCGAUAUAUAUUUACACAAAGCUUCUGGAUACAUAAAAACAUUGGAUACAGAGGACGACUUAUCAAAUUUUCUUCAAGCGUUUGGCAAAAACGUAGAUAUGAAUGUGGAAUUAUGUUCAAAAUGUUAUUCAAAGCUUCGAUUAGUUUCACAUCAGAAGAGCAAGCAAGAUCCAUCUAAACAAGAAACUCCUGAAUCUUCUAUUGACUCUCAACUCGCAUCAUCAUCGCAAUCAUCAUCCAUGGAUGGGUCACAAGUUGUAUAUCCAGAACCAAAACCACAAGAACCGUUCCAGUUGAAGCUCGCAUGCAAGUCUACGCUCAUAACAGAAUAUAUUAUACCAGCUAGUAAUAGAUGUGGUCGUAAACAUCUUAUUAAAAACCGUUUUUAUCAAGGUGAAUUGGAUAAUAUUAAAGUUCAUUCAUCAACUAGCACAAUUACCGUAACAGAGUUAUCAAAACUGUUGGAACAGUUAUCAGUUAGAGUAGAUGCUGAAAUUCAUGAUAAAGUUGGAGAUUUCACUUUUCCGGAGGAACGGUUAAUAGUACUGACUGGGUUGACUUGGGAAAACAUAAUUGAAUUACGUGGUAUGAUGACAUCUUUAAGAGAUUCAGUCUCUCGGAAUGUGACACAAGCUUUAGUCGUUCUGUUGUUUAAACUGGUCAGUGGUAAUUCGAACAAAAUUAUUUGCGCCGUUCUAGGACUCGAGCGUGAUCAACAAGUAUCUGAUUUUUGUAAUUCCAUAUUGACAUCUUUUGAAAAAGAUGUACUACCUACACGUUUUGGAAUAGGAGUGAUCAGUAGAGAAGAGUUAAUAAACCAUAAUACUCCAGUUGCUAAAGCACUACAUGACAUCAAAGAUAAUGAAUUGGCAUUAAUUGCAGAUGGAACUUACCUUCGACACGAAAAAAGUUCGAAUAAUAACUAUCAAAGAAAGUCUUUUUCCGGACAAAAAAAAGUACCAUUGUGCAAGCCGUUCACAAUAUGUACUUUAGAUGGGUAUAUUGUUGACUCUGCAGGUCCAUUUGAGGCUAAUCUCAACGAUGCUCAAAUAAUGGAAUGUUUGAUGGAAGAUCCUAACGGUUUGCGAAAGUUAAUGCAAAAAAAUGAUCUAUGGGUCGUUGAUAGAGGCUUUCGUGACGUUAAAGAGAAACUUGAAACAUUAGGAUUCAAAGUUUUAAUGCCAGCACUUAAAGGUAAACGUAAUCAGUUAACAGCAGAAGAAUCUAACCACAGUCGUUCUGUUACUGCUAUACGUUGGCCAGUUGAAUUGAACAAGUUUGGAAAGCGUUUUAUAACUGACCCAUCUUUAACAGAUGAAAUAGUCUCGCGUAUGAUUGAACAGAGAAAUUUGGAGAAUACUUUAGCUUCAGAAGUUGAAACUGGUCACUGGAGUAGGAGAAAAAUACCUUUCCAGUUAAUAACAUCAGAUCAACUGUUAGACUUUCCAGAAUUGACAGAAAGAGAUUUAAAAAUAUUUUUCACUGGGACGUAUCAAUUGCAACAGUCCAUAUCUUACCUGGCAGAAAUGAUGGGCGAAGAUAACAAAAUUGAACUUUACUAUUUAAAAGAAACAAAUGAAAUUCUGAAAGUCCAAGUGAGAUCGAGGCACGUCAGUCGAAAAACAUAUAAUUCUUACAUACACUACCGACCAAAUUCUAUAGGCUAUCAGGGCAUUAGGGGACACUACUGUGAAUGCGCAAAUGGUAACCGCACUAUUGGUUGCUGUGCUCACAUUGCUGCUGUUAUUUAUUACCUUUCGCAUGGUAGAUAUCUUUCCAAAAUAGUAAAGCCUGCAGAAAUCUUGAGCUCUAUUUUUGCCGUUGAAAAAGUAUCACCCGUCAUCAACGACGACAGCGACGAAGAUUGA